AUGAAACUGAGACAAUCGACCCUGCAAUCCAAGGAGUCAGUGGACGUGGAUCCUUCGGAGGCGCAGUACUUGCUGGAGGUCCUUGACAUGGAUGGGAGCGGCACCAUCAAUUUCGAAGAGUUCCUGCGAGGAACUUUGAGGCUGAACGGCUCUGCUCGGGCGGCGGACUUGCUGCUGGUGGCUCGAGAGAUGAAGAGGUUCUUUGUACACACCGCGGCUGAGAUGGAGGUGAUCAAGACUCAGCUGGCCAGAUCUGGGGCUUAA